AUGGGUUUGCAUCGUGCAAUAUUAACGCCCCUUCCCCAAAUCUUCCCCACAGUGUUUGGAAGGGCUCUGCAUGCCAUUGGGAGGAUCAGCGAUGAAUUCUGGAUCGACCCAAAGGAAAAAGGACUUUUCCUGAGGACGGUAAAUAGUUCCAGAUCUGCCUAUGGCUGUGUCUUCUUUUCAUCCACGUUCUUCCAAAAUUAUUCCUAUGGAAAUGCCACUGAAUGGAGCCCGAAUGGGGAGACUGUUCAAUUCGCAUGUAAAUUAAUAAUCAAAUUUUCAUUUCAGGCCAUUCUGCCUUUGUUUCGAUGCUUGCACACACACGAAAGAAAUGUGGAAAAGUGCAACAUUUACACAGACGUGAACGACUGCCAUAUUGUUUUUAAGCUAUUCUGCAAACACGGUGUCGUGAAAACUCACAGCUUAGCUUUCCAGGAGUGUGAGCCUCUUCAAGCUGUGUUUGCAAAACAUUUGUGUACCAAUGUACUGAAAGUACACUCCAGGCAGCUGUCUGACAUGCUGAUCCACUUUCCGACGUACCAAGAAGAAAUAACAUUAGGUGUAACGCCAAUGAAAGUUUGCUUCAAGACUUAUAUAGAGGAUGAGAUGGAAUUUGCAAAGGCAACGCAUACGGAAAUCCAUCUCAGUCCUGAUGAAUUUGAAUAUUUUCAAGUCGGGGUAGAUUCGGAAGUCACAUUUUGCCUUAAAGAACUACGGGUAACGGGGUUAAUUCUACCGUUUUGA